UGUCAAUUUCUCCUCGGCGGGCUCUCCCCUCGUUUCCGCCAUGCAUCCCGUUUUCCAGAGCAGCCGGCGUGAUUUCACCUUCGGGCCGUGGAAGCUGAGCGCCGCCCGGACGCACAUCAUGAAGUCGGCGCAGGCCGAGAGACUGGCUGAUGAAUUACACAUGCCCUCCCUGCCAGAGAUGAUGUUUGGAGACAAUAUCCUAAGGAUACAGCAUGAUCAUGGUUUUGGAAUUGAGUUCAAUGCAACAGAUGCUUUAAAAUGUGUCAAUAAUUGUCAAGGUAUGAUCAAAGUGGCUUGUGCAGAGGAGUGGCAAGAGAGCAGGAGUGAGCCUGAGCACACUAAGGAAGUUGUCAAGCCAUAUGAUUGGACUUACACAACAGACUACAAAGGAACACUGCUGGGAGAUACUGCAACAUUAAAGGUUGUUCCUACAACAGAACACAUAAAUACAGAGAAAUUGAAAGCCCGAGAACAAAUUAUGUUUUUUGAAGAAGUACUUCUGUUUGAAGAUGAACUUCAUGAUCAUGGAGUAUCAAGUUUGAGUGUAAAAAUAAGAGUUAUGCCUUCCAGCUUUUUUGUCCUGUUGAGGUUUUUCUUGCGAGUUGAUGGGGUACUUAUCAGGAUGAAUGAUACAAGGCUUUAUCAUGAGGCUGACAAGGCGUACAUGUUGCGAGAGUAUACCUCCAGAGAAAGCAAAAUAUCAAGUUUAAAGCAUGUUCCACCUUCCCUGUUCACGGAACCUAAUGAGAUCUCUCAGUACCUACCUAUAAAGGAGACAAUCUGUGAAAAACUAGAAUUCCCAGAGAAGAUGGAGCCUAAGCCAGAAGCAUCACUGGAAACCACAUGUGUUAAGUCUAAAUAAAUGUGACUUUAUAUGGACUUGAAAUAAACUGGAGGUAACAUGAUCAUGUAACCAUGCCUUGGAGGGGCAGUUUCACUACUAGUGGAAUAAAGAAUUCGGCUAAUUUUCUAUAGCCCUGAGAGAAAACAUUUCAAGCAGGUUUUCCUAAUGGUGUUCUUUGUUUGUUGCUGGUUUUUUUUUUUUAACCUGUAUCUGGAAUUAAUGAUAGACUGGUGGUGAGUUAUCGUUUUCAGCAGUAUUGGAGAAAGACUCACAAUGUAAGAGUCUGAGUUCUGUUUAACUCACUGGGUGGUAGGGCAGGAGUAUUGCCUGGACCCUCCACCACAAACACUUCUAUGAAGAUUUUAUUAUUGCUUCUUCAGAUACUGACACUACUGGAGUCUUAAAAUUGUCAUUUUAUUUUUAUUGAGAAACCAUCCACAAGGAAAGAAAAAAAAAAUCGUCCCCUGAAUUUAUUUUGAGCUGUCAGUUCUAAACUACACAUUUCACUUGACUUCCCCUACUGUAAGCUGAUAACCUACUAAGUUACAUUUAGACGUCUCUGAUCCAGACUUUAAAAUAUUCAUUUCAUCUGAGGAUAGGCUUAAUGAUGGGAAAAAGAAAUAACUGCAUUCGUCUGACACUAUAUAAAGGUAAAAUUACCUUAUUUCUGAAGCAUUAACUCCAGAGCAGGAGAAAGCUGGAGGUUAACAGACAUACACUGCAAAGUCUCUUCAGAAAUACUGUUCAUUCUAGUAUUCCCUAGAAUACUCUCUAGGCAGUUCUGGAGACUAUUAUUUGGGGCCUAUAUGCUGCUACAGUCAUGUCCUACAUUGGAAAUGCAUUUUACUGUAUUGACCUUCUGUUGGACAUACUGCAUGGUGCCCAUGCAUGAUGGUUAUCCUGCCCUGACAAGUCAAAUUGCUAAACUGCGGAGUGGCCUAAGGCUCAGGAAAACAGGCAUUUAGUCUCUAGUCCCUAAGGGAUGCUGGUGUUUGGAGAUUGAGAAAUGAGAUCCUACAUAGUCUAGAAAGGGUGCCAACAUGUAUUCCAGAUACAUCAUUUUGGUUUAUUUUUAAAAUUCUUUAAUUCCUGAUACUAAUAAAACUGUUCUGUGUAUACUCAUGGGUUUUAACACUUUGUAGAUUAAACUUUAAAUACUUGUAUUGCUUUGGAAAUCCUCAAUUAUGUUAAUAGUUUGGCCUAAGAAUGGAGGAGCUAGAGACUUGUCUAGGUUUACUGCUCACACUCAGUGAAGUGAAGCAGCAAAUGGCUGUAGCAAAAAGCAGGCCUUGUGGUUGGUCGCACAUAAGAAUGUGUACAAGUUCUCACGGCUUGAGUUUUCUGCACUUAAUGGCUUAGCAGAAAAAAUCCAGCUCAAAACCUGGUAUUCAACCAGGUCUUUUGAGAAAUGGCUUCCACUUAGAAAAGAUCCUGAAUUUUUAGGAAAAAGUCUACUGCCAUCUCAGUGACUGUUUUCUUAAUAAAAACAAAACACUUUGUCUCACUUUUAUUUGAGGCGACCAGGUCCAGUGAGCUAGCUGAUCAGCAGGCUGAAAGGCAGGAACUAAAGCCAGGUUUUCUUGUGUCAUGGAUUUACUCAGACCACAGGGAACUUACUUCUCUGUGCCUCAGUUCCAUGUAUGUAAAAACAAGAAUUAAUAAAUGCUUAUCUUAAUGAG